AUGAUGAUGACGUGCCGUCUGCUGUGCGCCCUGUUGGUGCUUGCCCUGUGCUGCUGCCCGUCCGUGUGCGUUUCAGAGGAAGCUACCGCUCAGCCAGUGCCUGAAGGGUCUUCCAAUACGACCACGACGACGACCACAACAAAGGCACCAAGCACUACGACUACUGAGGCGCCAACUACUACGACCACCCGCGCACCGUCACGUCUUCGCGAAAUCGACGGCAGCCUCAGCAGCUCUGCGUGGGUGUGUGCCCCGCUGGUGCUCGCCGCAUCCGUGCUGGCGUACACCACUCUGGACUGA